GUAGGGAAGAGAGAGAGAGCUACAGAUACAGAAGAGACAGCAGUAGUAGUGAAUGGAGCCUUGCUGACAGACGGCUGUAUAUUUCAAUUAUCAGCACGAGCGAAAGACCGCUACAACCUUUGGGAUUUGUCCGUUUAAAGGGUCAGCGAGUCGCUCGAGGGUGAUCAAGACUGCAGAGAGAACCAUGAGAAGAGGAGUCAACGUGAUCACACCGCCUUGAGGAGACACACCUGAACAGACAGGUGGCAGCCCCGCCCUGAAGUGUCAUCCGUCCUCCCUUGUUCACAGUCCAGUGUUUUAAACUGCUACUAUCCAGUCUGGUGGUGUUGGUCAGACAGCGGGCAGUGCCAUGCCCCAGGCGUGAGUGCUUGUCCACCGGCAGACUCAGGCGAGGUGGUGGGCCCCCGGUGGGCGUCUGGCUGCGGGAGGUGAUGAAGCUAAAGCAGCGUGUGGUGGUGCUGUUCGCUGUGCUCUUUCUCCUCGGCUUAGCCAAAGUCUUCCUGCUAGAUGGAGGGGAGGGUUCGGCCGCCAGUCGUCGUGACCUCCGCACCUUCCGCAAGAUGGAGGCCAGCCUGUCUCUUGCCAAAGGAGCCCGCCUCACACACACCCUGCAGUCACCCUGGGAAGUGGCCGCCCAGUGGGUCGGGCCACGGGAGGUGUUUCCAGACGAAACACCCGAGCUAGCCGCCGUGCUGAAUGCCCUUGCCACCGCUCAUGUAGAGAGAGCAGAUGUCGGCUAUAAAGGCACCCAGCUGAAAGCCCUGCUUGUGCUCGAUGGAGGACAGAAAGUGGUUUUUAAACCCAAGAGGUACAACCGAGAUUAUGUGGUCGAGGGCGAGCCAUAUGCAGGGUACGAUCGACAUAAUGCAGAAAUCGCUGCUUUUCACUUGGACAGGAUCCUGGGAUUUAGGAGAGCACCCCUGGUGGUGGGGAGGUUUAUAAAUCUGCGUACAGAGAUAAAACCAGUAGCUACAGACCAACUGCUAAGCACUUUUCUGAUGCACGGAAAUAAUUCAUGCUUCUAUGGGAAGUGUUAUUACUGUCGUGAGACUGAGCCUGCGUGUGCAGAGGGGGAUAUAAUGGAGGGAUCUGUUACCCUCUGGCUCCCUGACGUAUGGCCACUACAGAAACAUAGACACCCCUGGGGACGGACAUACCGAGAGGGCAAACUUGCCAGGUGGGAGUAUGAUGAGAGCUACUGCGAGGCUGUGAAGAAAAUGCCUCCUUAUGAUGCCGGUCCACGGCUACUGGAUGUCAUCGACACAGCCAUAUUUGAUUACCUUAUCGGCAAUGCUGAUCGCCAUCACUACGAGAGUUUCCAGGAUGAUGGCGGAGCCAGCAUGCUCAUCCUUCUGGACAAUGCUAAAAGUUUUGGAAACCCUGCUCUGGAUGAGAGGAGUAUUCUCGCCCCUCUUUAUCAGUGCUGCAUGGUCCGUGUUUCCACCUGGAACAGGCUAAACCUGCUAAAAGGAGGAGUGUUGAGUUCAGCAAUGCAACAGGCCAUGGCCCACGACCCUGCCUUUCCAGUGCUGACAGGGCCACAUCUUUCCGCACUCGACCGACGUCUCAAUGGAGUGCUCACCACUGUGAGGCAGUGCAUGGAGACACAGGGUGUAGACAACACUCUGAUCGAGGACCGCAUGAAUCUGCCUCAUCCUUAAAGACAUUGAAGAUCAGAGGUGGAGAGAAACAAGGUGAAAAUGUGUUUGUGGAGCAUUGAACAUUGACGCUUAAUGAACAGGUUCCUUUCACAUUCCCUUCAGGCUGCGUAGCUGGCGACCUGAAUGUCACCAGAAGCCUUAGGAGAUGACUUGAAGGAGAAUGUGGAGCUGUUUGUUUUUCAAUGGAUUAGUUCAAGCCAGACCACAGGCGCAAAGAAUGUACUGACCUUAGCACACUUUCUAGAGUUCUCUUUUUCUUGCUCUCUGGAUAGAGUGGGGAAGUCUUGGCCAACAUUUCCUAUUAGUGUUUUUCCUUCUGGUUUGUUUUCAGUUAACUUUUGUUUUUGCCAUCCAGGGCCAGUUUCAGGAGGACUGGAACAGUACUUUCAAUUUGAUAUCUGGGCUAACAUUAAGACUCAGGAAGAUGAAAAAUGUUCCAGGGGUUAGUCACCAUUGCACGUCAAAUGAGGGAACGCAAGACUAUUAACAGACUUUUUGAAAGUUCUUUCAGAACUGACUGAUUAAUAAUAUUGACCUAAAGAGAAAAUGAGUUAUGAUUGAUUCAUUGUGUUCGUAUUGUACAGAGCUGGUAUGUUAUUGCUACUGAUGUUCAAUGAAGAUGGAAACAACAAAGCAUUGAAAGGCUGCUGUGAGAAAUUUUCAACAUUAAAAAUUAAUAUUUAAAUCUUACUAAAGUUUACUCAUGAAGUGUAUGAGCCCUUUGUUCACAGAUA